CUAAACCAUAGUGAAUGCAGUGUUUAAUUAAGCUAAAAUGUUUAUAACCGACAAAUUGGUGACCGACCUAAUUAUAGCGGUUGUAACUCUUAUAAUCGCUGCUUAUUUAUACAUUAAACAUAAGUACAGCUAUUGGACCAAAAAGGGUAUUCCUCAAAUUCCACCCACUUUCCCGUUUGGUAAUUACGGCAAAGGAUUACCUAAAGGUAUGUCGUUGGGUGCGCAUUCUGCAACAUAUUAUGACGAAUUUAAAAAGCACGGACACAAAUUAGGGGGUGUCUAUUUAGGUUUGGAUCCAUAUCUGGUUCUGAUUGAUGUUACACACGCAAAAAAUAUAUUUAAUAAAGAUUUCUCAAAUUUCGCAGAUCGUGGUAUCUAUUACAAUAAAAAUCAUCCCAUUACUGUGAACAUAUUAACGCAAUGUGGAGAAGAAUGGAGAACUACAAGGUCCAAAUUUACAAACAUAUUCACAUCUGCCAAAAUGAAGUACUUCUUUAACACCAUCAAACUAUGCAAAGAUGAAUUAAGAACCCAUUUGGAAAUUAUAACAAAAGAUGAUAAUACAGAAGUAGAUAUUUACGAAGUAAUAGCUUGUUACCUUACCGAUGUGAUAGUAUCUGUAAUUUUUGGCGUGGAUGCCAAUAGUUUUAAAUCUCCAGACGCCAUUUUCAGAAAACUAGGACGACAAAUGUUUGAAACCUUUUCUCUACCAUUCAAAAUUGAGUUAUUCUUAAUAAUUUGUUACCCCACAUUAGCCAAACGUUUUAACUUAAGUAUGGUCCAACCGGAGCUUAACAAAUUCUUUAAUAAAUUUGUACCAGAAGCUGUGGAGCACAGAAUCAAGAACAAUGUACACAGAGCGGAUUUCCUAGAGUUAUUGAUUGAAAUGAAAAAUUCAGGAAUUGAUCUAACACAGGAUGAAAUGGUUGCGCAAUCGUUCGCUUUCUUUGCGGCUGGCUUCGAAACAUCAGCUAAAACGUUUAUGCUGUUAUUUUACGAACUAAGUAUAAACAGUGAACUUCAGGAAAGAGCCAGAAUCGAAAUCAGUGAGGUUUUAGCAAAACAUGGAGACUUAACAUAUGAUGCCCUAAACGAAAUGACAUAUCUCUCUCAAUUAAUAAACGAAACCAUGAGGAAAUAUCCCUUAGUGGCAACACUCAAUAGGGUUUGUGUGAAUGACUACAAAUUCCCGGACACUAACGUGGUCAUUGAAAAAGGAACUGGCAUCAUUAUACCAGUUUUAGGAUAUCACCGUGAUCCAAAUCUAUUCCCCGAUCCUGAUAAAUUUGAUCCUGAUAGAUUUAAAGACAAAAAUGUUAAACACCAUGGAUAUUUUCCAUUUGGAGAUGGACCUAGAUUAUGUAUAGGAGCAAGAUUGGGAAUUUUGCAGGUCAAGUUGGGUUUGGUCGAAAUAAUUAAAAAUUAUGAAGUAUCUUUGAGUCCAAAAGUCAAAGAACCAUUAAUGUUUGAUCCAUUUACAUUUGUUACAAAGAUGACGGAAACAGUCUUAGUAAAGUUAAAGAAAAUCAAUUGUACAUAAAUUAAAAUACCAUCAUCAGUAAUUUUAACCUACUUAAUUAAUCUUAUUUUGGCAUAAUUCGUACAUAUAUUAUACAUUAUAAUAUAUAUUUACUCGGAACUUUUACUACAUUUAAAAAUUGUGUCUGAAAAAAAUAUAUACUGUAAUUUUUGCCUGACCCAAACAUUUUUUUUUAGAACUUUUCAUAUUAUUUUAUUAUCAAUAUUAAAUAGUGAUGUAGAAAAGUAGUUAAGUCAACUUAAUUUUUUAAUUAAUUUAGUUAUAAAUCAUGAUAAGGCUCUAGACAUCGUCAAUGUGAUCACUAAAAUUGCAAAGGAAUUUGAGAUUUUAUUUCAUUUAAUACAGUAUUUCGAUUUAAAUAAAGACACAUUUUUCUGUUCCUAAGUAUUUAUUUUUUAUUCGAAUUUAUAUUUAUUUUGUUUAUUCACACUAUAUUAUUUGGUCACCUUUAUUUUAAAAAUUUAAAAGACAUAGGGAGUAGCCAGGAGAAAAAAUGAGUAUACAUGAGCAAAAAUAAGCGACCGGUUUCGAAGUGUCAUCACUUCAUCUUCAGGCUCGCCUCAACUCACACAUGGCUACCCCCUUGUCAAUAAUACGGAGA